AUGAGUGAUCAAGGUGACGAGAUCUCUAUCAAUGGCGGAUGCGUAAAACGCUUGCACAUCUGGGCAAGCUUGGCUCAUCGUUCGACGAACUCUAUCACAGGGGAACUAAGUUCUCGAGAGACGGACCAUUAUGACCGACGCAAACACGGUGCCAGCUUGACGCUGUACAGAGGACUCUCAUCUUCAACUUCACCAUCGGCUAUGUCUGCCCAUGCGGGCAUUAAACAUAUUCUCCGAGUGGUGUCAUGCUCCAUCUCUUGGGCCACACUGCCCGUGUUCCUCGGUGAUCAUCCAACGUUUCCCGGGACCGGUGUGCCUGUCCGCGUGUACCCUUCUCACUUCCGAGCGUACGUUACUCUUGAUGUCGUUGCCCAGACUCUCAACGUUCAGAUGAUGGAAAGUUCCCGUUUGUGCAGUAGCAUGAAAUUGAAUCCUGUAAGACUCCCAGAAUUCAGACCAUUGCAUAAUGACAAAUGCCACAACGUUUGCUUGACACUAACGCGUGCGUGUUCACCUUCGUGCCAAGCUAUCAAGUGA